UCGCAUUUCGCUGUCGUGCUUUGACCUCCUGUUUCAAACUUGCUCCAGCUGUUGUCAUUUUUUCCGGUAACACUUUGUUUAGCCGCUGCUUAGCUUCCAGCAGCAUCACCGAACAAUAAAUAAAAAAUUCAUCGAUUAUCAUUCAUCGUUAGUAACCUAUAGUCGUAGUUACGUAAAGUAAAGGAGUCUCUUCUGCUCUUAUAGAGUGAUUGAAAAUAUAAAAAAUUGACGUCUAUAGAAUCUUCAAUAUUUGCGGUGCAUCAUGCUGGACUUUGAUAACGUAAAGGACAUUGGGUCCAAGUAUAGGGCACCACUCAUAAAGACCCCUGUUACAGAUUUAUUUAUGCAAUCACGCAAUUUGCAGUUUACGAGCUGCGCACCUUACGAGUUAAUGUAUAUCGAUUGUAUGGAAGCUUACGGCUAUCAUCAAGGCAAUAAGAAAUGCAGAAUGAUAAUGAACGACAUGUAUGAGUGUGUAUUCAGAGUAAAGAGAAUGAUGCGUGUUUUUGCAAUGCAUCAUGAAAGAGAUCGUCAAUUCAGAAAUGGUGAGAGAAAGGAGCAUUAUCCACCAGGACCACCUCUCGAUAUGUAUUAAACAAUUGUCUUGGCAGAGAUGUAUAGUUCACAAGUAAUAUUGGAAAUUCUGUAAGAAGUUUGGUCAUUUGAAUAGACAAUAAGUGAAUCUUACUAUCUGCAGAGAACUUGUUGCUUUAAGCUUGACAAAUAUAUCGCUCUGUGUUCUCCUGAAAAAGUUUUGUUAAUUAAACUAAAAGAGUUUAAUUAA